AUUUAGGAAAAAACUCAAAAUGCCUACUUCAAGGCACGUGAAGAAAUUUUUCUUAAAAAAAAUUCCCAUACUACAGUGGGGAGCAAAAUAUGAUUCGAAAAAGUUAUUGUGUGACUGUAUAGCGGGUUUUACAGUAGGUCUCACUGUUAUGCCCCAAGCUUUGGCCUAUGCAACUCUAGGAGGAUUGGAACCACAAUAUGGCUUAUAUUCAGCUUUUGCUGGCUGUUUUGUCUACACAAUUUUUGGCAGUAUUAAGGACAUUACCAUUGGUCCUACAGCACUGAUGGCUUUGAUGACGUAUCAGCAAAUAGUAGGAAGAAACAGCGACUAUGCCAUAUUGCUUUGUUUCUUAUCGGGGAUUGUACAACUAGUAAUGUCAAUUUUACACUUGGGAGUAUUAGUGGACUUUAUAUCAAUCCCCGUCACUGUAGGCUUCACUUCUGCCACAUCUGUCAUAAUUGGCAGUUCACAAUUUGCCAGUCUAUUGGGAAUUAAACAAUCCUCAAAUGGGUUUUUCGAUACAAUGACCAAACUAUUUCAUAACAUCCAUCUCACAAGGUACCAAGACACAUGUUUGGGACUCAGUUGUAUAGUAGCCCUUUUAUUAUUAAGGAAACUCAAAGACGUGAAAGUGCACAAAAAAAACUCCAAACCCAACAAACACCAAAGCUGUUUCAACUAUAUUCUGUGGUUAAUAUCGACUUCCAGGAACGCGAUUGUAGUGAUCCUUUGCAGUACCAUGGCGUUUUUGUACGAAUCCAACGGGUCUGGAUCACCGUUUAGGCUGACCGGUGACGUAAAAUCCGGUCUUCCAGAGUUCAAAGUACCACCGUUUAGUACCGUUAUUAACAACAGCACCAGGGAAUUUCCCGAAAUGCUGUCGGACCUGGGAAGUUCAGUAUUUUUGGUACCUAUCAUUGCUGUGUUGGGAAAUGUGGCGAUUGCUAAGGCUUUUGCUAGUGGAGAAAUUAUUGACGCCACACAAGAAUUAUUCACUCUGUCCCUGUGCAACGUACUAGGAUCCUUUUUUUCUUCCAUGCCCGUCACUGGUUCGUUCUCUAGAUCAGCUGUCAAUCACGCCAGUGGCGUACAAACACCGUUUGGUGGCAUUAUAACAGGUAUAAUGGUACUAUUGGCGUUGGGAUUUCUCACGCCCUACUUUGCCUACAUCCCCAAAGCAUCCCUGGGCGCUGUGGUGGUUUGCGCUGUCAUUUUCAUGAUAGAAUACGAGGUGAUCAAACCGAUGUGGCGAUCGAGCAAAAAAGACCUACUUUCCGCCAUUGCGACGUUCGUGUUCUGUCUGGUCAUUGGCGUAGAAUACGGAAUUCUGAUCGGCGUUGCUAUUAAUAUCAUGUUUUUGUUGUAUCCUUCGGCCAGGCCUGGAGUACAUAUGGAGAAAUGCAUGACACCUUCUGGCAAAGAAUACAUUCUAGUCACCCCCGGAAACGCUCUGUACUUCCCCGCAAUGGAUUUUAUCAAAACCAGCGUUGCCAGAGCAGGAACAUCGUCGAAAAAUUUGCCAGUUGUCGUCGAUUGUCAGUUUAUUUUAGGAGCUGAUUUCACAGCUGCAAAAGGUAUAGCUGCCCUCAUUAGCGAGUUUUCUUCGAGAAAACAACCCUUGUAUUUCCUAAACGCUCGACUAGAGGUUGUUUCAGUAUUCCAAGGUGUCAUGUCUGACGAUUUUGUCUAUUUCAAUUGCAAAAAGAAACUGGAAGAUACAAUAGAGGAAGGUAACUACAAUUUUGACAUCACACAACAAAACAAUGCACACUAGAUUUCAGUCCUAUUUUUUUAAAAACUAUUUUUUACCACUUAUAUGUUUACAGGAAAUAAAAAUAAAUUCGUUUAUUGUCUUUUAAUUAAAUGUUUGUGUCAGUCU